UGGAGUUGUAAGAGCGCGUUCACGCUGCACGCGCUGCUCUGAUCCUGGACCUGCAGAGGACCAGGACUAGUGUCAGAAUCAGAAUCAGGAUCAGGAACAGGAGAGCUGGACCUGCCGGUGUUACAUCAGAGUUUUAUAGAUUAUUAUUAAUAACUUUGUUUAAAAGAAGAGAGAGACAAACAUCCUGCUGCUCAUACCGGGGCUCUGUGUCGGAUCAUCGUAGUGAUGAGGAGUAAUACAGAGGGCUGUUAGUUUAUUGUGUGUGUGUGUGUGUGUGUGUGUGUGUGUGUGUGUGUCUGAUCAGUGUGACUUCAGUUAAAUCUCUGAUUUUUCUGUUUGGUCUUCUGCAUGAGCUGUGUGUCCUUUCUUCAGCCGAGCAGCUGCAGCUCUGCAGCCUGUGCUGUGCUCAGUUUGUGUGUGUGUAUGUGUGUGUGUGUGUGUGCGUGCGUGAGAUAGAGAGAGUGAGAGAGCCUGUGUGUGUAUGUGUGUUCUCGGUGUGUGUGUGUGUCAGUGUGUGUGCGGGUUAUUCACAGAGCUGCUAUGCAGACUGAGUGGAGCCACAGUCAGACAGCCUCAGUGUGAGCUCACAGAGAAACGCUCACAGCUGACAGAGUUCUGCAGGAGGACUCGUGCAGGACAGCAGAUGUUUCUCACUCUGUGGACUGAUGUGGACAGAUGUGGAUUAUUCAGGAUGCAGAUCUGCAGACUGAGAGGAGCCACAGUAAACUUGCUGCAGUAACAUCCUGUCAGAGCAGGAUUCAGACUUUAGGAUCCUCAGAUUGUGGAUUACUGAAUGGACUCUAAAGUUUCACAGACUCAGACCUGAACUCAAGUCCUCGGACCUGCUGAUAGAAAUGGAAUUGGUGUUUGCACCAGGUGGAGGUUUGGACAGAUGACAGCGGAUACAACUUUUUAAUUCAGACCUUUUUGAGGUUCAAUUUCAGCUCCACGUGUUGAUUUAAUUCUGCUCUGUUGGUGACGUUAUAAUCAGAGGAUGAAGAACCUGGAUCAACUGAGUCAGACCUGGAACAGGUCCAUCAGCAAAGACCCGGUCCUGGUCUCUAAUAAGAAGUUCAAGAGGAAGUCCCGGGAGCCUAAAAGACUGUGCAGUGACCCGGAGCCUGACAGGACCAGGUCUUUUCCUGCAGACGGGUCCGAUGUGGACUCUGCAGAUGAGGCGGCCCCCCUGCGGAGACAGCUGAUGCAAGCUGAGUCCAGGUCUGCAGGGAUCCUGUCAGGACUCACAGAGGGCGGGGAUACUCGAGCUCACAGCGGGGCCUUAGACAUGAGGAUCGGCAUAAACGUGCCUUCCAUCACCCCCAAACUGACCCAGGUCCCGUCCCCCUCACUCUCUGAGAUCUCCCACUGGUCUCCCACCAUCUCCCAGCCCCUGACACACAGACUCAGACCGGGCCACAGGUCCACCUUCUCUCUGUCAGCAUCCACCAGCAGCAGCCUCUCUCUGGAGCCCGCACUGACAGGACUGCCUAUGCCCAGAACUCCCCAGUCCUCCCAGAGUCAGGAGCACCUGGAGCCUCAGGCCCAGUCCCCAAGGGACUCUCCCAGGAAGCGGGCCGGGCUGAAUGAAGAUGGACCCGGACCUGGUCCUGGGCAUGAACAUGAACAUGAACAUGAACAUGAACAUGAACAUGGACUUGGACAUGGACUUGGACUUGGACUUGGACAUGGACAUGGACAUGGACAUGGACCUGGACCUGCACAUGGACAUGGACAUGGACAUGGACAUGGACAUGGACGUAUUCCAGAGGUGAAAGCGGUCCAGCAGACCAGGAGGCUGCUUGCCAACGCUCGAGAGAGGACCAGAGUCCACACCAUCAGUGCUGCGUUUGAAGCGCUGAGGAAACAGGUGCCGUGUUACUCGUACGGACAGAAGCUUUCUAAGUUAGCCAUCCUGCGAAUCGCCUGUAACUACAUCCUGUCUCUGGCUCAGCUGGCGGAGCUGGACUACAGUCCAGACCGAUCCAGUCUGAGCUUUUCUCAGUGUGUGGACCAGUGUACAAGAACGCUGCAGGCCGAGGGGCGGAGCAAGAAGAGGAAGGAGUGAUGCUGACAGACAGACCAGGACCAUGACUAGGAUCAGGACCUUGAUCUGGAUGUGGAUCUAAAAUUCUGGGAGAAGGACUAAGACGGACUUUGAGGAUCAUUAGGGAGAGUUCUUGAUGUUUCAAUGAUGACCCGCUUCACAAUUUGGACUAACAUCUGAACUUUUUUGAAAAUGAGAUUAUGAACUCCUGUAUGUGAUGAUCAGCGGAUUAAUAAUCCCGUUACCAUGGAUACAGACAGACCUCACACAGGCGUAUGUGAUGAUCAGCGGAUUAAUAAUCCCGUUACCAUGGAAACCGACAGACUUCAUACUGGUGUUUGUAAUGAUCAGUGGAUUAAUAUCACGUUACUAUGGAAACCGACAGACCUCACACAGGUGUAUGUGAUGAUCAGCGGAUUAAUAAUCCCGUUACCAUGGAAACCGACAGACCUCAUAGAGGUGUAUGUGAUGAUCAUUGGAUUAAUAAUCCCGUUACCAUGGAAACCGACAGACCUCACACAGUUGCAUGUGAUGAUCAUUGGAUUAAUAAUCCUGUUACCAUGGAAACCAACAGACCUCACACAGGUGUUUGUGAUAACUUGAUGUAGACUUAUUUUUAACAGAUUGAUGAAGCUCAUCGGGUUUAGAAAAGCUCCAGAAACUUUAAUUAAACCAACGUUGCAGUUUUUAACAGCUUCCCCAGUUCAUUCAGUGUUAUAUCUUUUAGUUUUACGUUUAAUACGUUCGUUAUAUUUCAGAAUAUGUCCGUUUAGUUUCUCCUGUAAAAUAAAAUAUUUUAACAUGA